AAAAGCUUAACGAGGUACCGCGCUUUGGAGUUCACUUUCAAUAAAAUACCUUUUAGUAUUUUAGAAUUUGGUUGCUACUUUAGUUUAUUAAGUAAUUCAUUAUCCAGUAAAAAUGACUUCAGUGAAAGAAAUUGGAGGCUACAAAUUAGGCAACCUAAUUAUUGAAGGAAAAACCAAACAGGUUUUUGAUGUACCUUCUGUGCCUGGUCAUUGUAUUUUAUUAAGCAAAGACAGAAUCACUGCCGGAGAUGGUGUCAAGGCUCAUGACUUGGCUGGAAAAUCUGUUAUCUCAAAUAAAACCAAUGGAAAAGUUUUCGAAAUCUUGAAAAAAGUUGGUAUGAAAACUGCCUAUGUAAAAUCAGUAGCUGACAAUGCCUUCCUUUCCAAAAAAUGUGACAUGAUUCCCAUUGAAUGGGUUACUAGACGUCUGGCUACAGGAUCGUUCUUACGCAGACAUCCAGGUGUCAAGGAAGGAUUCCGCUUUACUCCAGUCAAACAUGAAACUUUCUUCAAGGAUGAUGCCAACCACGAUCCCCAAUGGUCUGAAGAACAGAUCAUUUCUGCUGAAUUCAAGGUCAAUGGUCUUUUGAUUGGAAAGCACGAAGUAGACCUAAUGACUAAAACAUCAAUCCUAGUUUUCGAAAUUCUCGAAAAAGUAUGGGCAACAAGAAAUUGUGCACUUAUAGAUAUGAAGAUUGAAUUUGGAGUUGAUGAUCAAGGAAACUUACUGGUAGCUGACGUUAUAGAUUCUGACUCCUGGCGUCUUUGGCCUUCUGGAGACAAACGUCUGAUGGUAGACAAACAGGUCUACAGAAAUCUAACAACAGUAACAGACAAGGAUCUGGAUACAGUAAAAAGAAACUUUGAAUGGAUUGUCGAUCAGUUGGACCAUCUAAUUCCUCCCAACAACCAUCUUGUGGUCAUUAUUAUGGGCAGCCCUGCCGAUAAAGAUCAUUGCAAUAAAAUCAAGCAACACUGCGAAGAUCUAGGUCUUAAUGUUGAGAUUAGAGUAGCGUCAGCACACAAAACUACUGAUUAUGCUCUUGAAAUAGUGAGUUAUUACGAAGGCUUAAACAUUCCUCUUAUCUUCAUCGCUGUAGCUGGACGAUCAAACGGUUUGGGCCCAGUUCUCUCUGGAAACACAGACUAUCCCGUUAUUAACUGCCCACCUGGAUCACGAGAUGACUUGUCGAGGGACAUUUGGUCUAGCGUUAAUGUGCCUUCGGGUUUGGGAUGUAGUACAGUCAUCUAUCCAGAAACUGCAGCUCUUUGUGCAGCGACUAACAUCGCUAUGACUAACUAUAUUGUCUGGAGCAGAUUGCGUCUUAGAAGGCUGGGAUAUUUUGAGUCCUUGCCAAAGGCCGAUAAGGCAAUAAGAAGUUAAUUUUAAGGCUUUUGUUUUGAUAUCUUUAUUACGUUAAAUUUUUACUUUUGAAUAUAUCCUUUUGUAUUUAG